GCUGAACCACAACAAGUUGUAAAAGUACAGUAGUAGGGUCAGAAUGGGAGGGCAACCGAAAAAAGUGUAGUUUAGUCUGUUUGCUGUUAUUGAUAGUAAUAUUAAAGUGCACCACACCAGAAAACAAUGGCGCGAAUAAUGGAGGUGUUUUUACGAAUCCCUCCUCUGUUUACGUUAGAUGUGAUUUUGAACCAUAGCGUUUUGAGUGUGAUCGUUAUGUAUUUGUUACCGGCUGACGUUCAUUGGUAUCAUGUUGCUUUUCUUUUUCUUGCAAUAGUCGCAGUUUUCAUUGGGGCGGCAAUGCUGUUUUUUAUGAGCAAACAACAUCUUUUGAACACGUAUACAUACAUUGGAUCACUGGCUGUAAUUUAUAGUUCACUUGCAUGGAACAGAAAUUAUAUAAACACUGAAAUCACACGUGACUUUGGCAAUGAACAAUUGCAUCAUGUUAUCCUUGGAAACUGGAGGACAUUGCUAGGAAAUAUAAUGUUACAAAUAGCAGCUGCAUAUGUUUGGAACAGGCAGCGAAUGAUCCCGCGGCAUGUUAAACGAGAAAUUGCUGUUCUUCUUCCUUGGUACAACAGAGUUAUAUAUUUUAUCCUUAUUUCCCCCACUGUGGCAAGACUUGUCAUAUUUCCAAGGGUAAUUCUGCUGUGGAUCCCAGGAGUAUCAGCUAUGAUAUUGAUACUUGAAAUAGCUUUCCUUUUAACUCUGCAUGUACGCUCUAUUGCACGUGUCGUAUAUGUCAGUCUUAAAAAUGCUCAGAACACAAUUAAAGAUGUUGGACUGCAAAUUUUCUUAGAAAACCAUUGGAUUCGUCUUCAAGUUCCAUUAGUGCUGAGAGUCUUUUGGCUGUGCAUGCUACUGCAAGAGUUAAUGACAAAACUUAUUUUACUAGAGAACAGAGAUUCAACUUCUGCAUUUGCUAUAGACAGUUUAAAUGAACUUGUUCAAGAUGUUACAAUCAGAGGUUGUGCAACCAUUGUGGCAGUGCUAGGGAUGACUAGCUGUGUCUCUUAUAUUACUCAUUACAUUGGAAUAUUUAUGGCCUAUCUCAUUCAGUCAGAUAAUGAAGAGGACCGCAGCAUGGGAACUGUCUCUGCCAUUCUGUUUUUCAUUCUGGCAUUACAAACUGGACUCACCAGCUUAUCACCGGAAAAGAAAAUUCAGCGACUUUAUCGGAAUUUCUGUUUGCUGGGCACAGCCAUUUUGCAUUUUAUUCACAGUAUGGUGAAUCCACUCAUGAUGUCAUUGAGUGCACAGAGAAACAUGGCUGUACAUAGGCAUGUACGGGUAUUAGCAAUGUGUGCCUUUCUGGUCAUAAUCCCUUCCUGCUUUUUGUUUUACCUGUGGAGUGUUCAUAGUAUUAGCACAUGGAUGUUGGCAGUAACAGCAUUCUGUGUAGAGGUUGUGAUUAAAGUGGUCAUAACAUUGAUGGUUUAUUCAUUAUUUAUGUUUGAUGCCUACCGGGAUACUUUCUGGGAACAGUUGGAUGACUAUGUAUAUUAUAUUAAGUCUGCUGGCAGCACAAUUGAAUUUUUAUUUGGAAUUUUUUUAUUUUGCAAUGGUGCCUGGAUUAUGGCAUUUGAGUCUGGUGGUACAAUCCGUGCAAUUAUGAUGUGCAUUCAUGCAUAUUUCAAUAUCUGGGUACAGGCCAAAGAGGGUUGGAGCACCUUUAUGAAAAGAAGGACUGCGGUUAAUAAAAUUAACUCCUUACCUGAGGCAACUAGAGAGCAGUUAGAAAAUUUCAACGAUGUAUGUGCAAUUUGCUAUCAGGAGCUGAACAAUGCAAAAAUUACCAGGUGUAAUCAUUAUUUCCAUAGUUUAUGUCUCAGAAAGUGGUUGUAUGUUCAAGAAAAAUGUCCAUUGUGCCAUAAUGUAAUAUAUAAUACUGAGCAAAGGACAACAGGGACUCAGACUGAAGAGAACAGACCUGAUGGGCAGGAAGGCCAGGAUGCGGUUCCUCAGUGAAUGCUCUCUGAACUUCACCUUUUGAACCUUUUUUUUUCGUGACUGAAAGGUAUUUUUGUCCAUUUGAUAGUGACUAAUUUUUGUGUGAUAAUUCUCAGAAACAGCAAGAAAAAAGACUGGCGGGUAAUUUUAAAAAGCACUGUGAACUUGCUGCAUUUAAACUCCAGUAUUGCAUACUGAGAGGAAAUUAAAUGGGCUUAGACAUUUUUUUUUUUUUGAAGAGUAGUGUAUGUAACAGUGACAUAUAGCAUCACAUUGGAUUUACAAUGAAUUCUAGUAAGCCAAAAAUUACUAUUUUUCAAAGGAAUGGAUUUAUAUUUCACUGUAAUGCAAUGAAAUUGUAACGUCUGAAAUGAGGCAAAUGUAACCUUAUUUAUGAGUUGUGAUAUGGAUUUUAUGAUAUAAAAAUAUUUAGACUGAAAUUAAAAU